UUAAAGUGUGAUGCCGAAGGUGGUCUCAAGCGAAUGGGUGGUCAAGGUGAUAUUCUUACUGGUAUCAUUGCUGCAUUCUUGGCUUGGGGAAAAGGAUAUGAAGAUGAAGUUUGGGAACAUCCUCAUGAAGUUGACGGUAAGGAUAUUGCCAUGUAUGCUUCAUGGGCAGCAUGCACUAUUUCAAGAACCAGCUCUCGUUUAGCCUUUCAAAAACACGGUAGAGCUGUACUAACUAGUCACAUGUUGGAAGAAAUUGGACAAAGCUAUGACCUUUUUGUUAACGAUAAGCUGUAAUGAACGCAUUUUGAUCUUGCUAAAUUAAAUAAUGAUUUGCUAUCUGAGCUCUAAAUGCUUUUUCUUUAAAGAGGUGACCGUCGCCUUUGCUCUUUUUCUUUUCUUUAAUAAAAUGGAUAAUAAUGAUACAAAAAACUUGAAGCCUGAUGAAUAUACGAAAGGAUUAAAUAGAGAGCACAUCAUCAGGUUAACAGAGGAAUCAUGUAAACAUUUUGUAGAAUAUACAAAAGCUGAGUUAAAAGUUACUGUCGAGGAUUGUAAGUUGCUAGAGAAUAUGAAUCAUAUCACCAAAGAGAAAUACAGUCAAAUGAAUCAGAUGAGUCAAAGAAUUAUGGGUGAAAUAUCCAAACUACAGAAUACAUACGAUCAAUUCGAUCAAUUUAUUACCCAAGUGGAUGAUAUUCAUCAACAAUCUAUCAAGAUUGAAAAUACUAUUAAAGCAUUAGAUGAAUACUCAAAGCAUUUAGAAAACAAACUAUUAGCAAAUUACUCUGUCAGUACAUCCAAAUAAACCCUACAAAAGAGAGCAUAAAAAUAACAUGUUUCCAUUUGAUAUCUUGUCAAAAAGAAUUACAAUUCUGCCAACUGUCAUUCAUGGCCAC